AUGGUUGAGGCGUUGGAUAGGUUGUUUGAGUCAGUCUGCGAACUAGACCUUGUUUUUCAUUUCGAUCAGGUCCACUUUAUUGUUGAUGAAAUUAUUCAAGGUGGUCUUGUCAUCGAAACCAACGUGAAUCAGAUUGUGAACAAUGUCAACGAACAAACUCUGAGACGCAAGAAAAGUCAAGAAGCUCCUCUGAUACCCAACUCUAGCUGGUUUAGUAGACUCAAAAAGACAUGA